AGUAUAGGUAAACAGGCUCGCAGCAUAAAGCGUUGACACAAUUUUGGAACUAUUUAUACCCUGGGUGUUGCAAUGGGACCAUUGAAAAAGCGUAUGCGAGAGGCGGGGGUGGACGAUGUUCCCGUAGUGGAUCUUCCGGAACCCACCGUCGACCCGUCAGCCCUCCCGUUGGAGUCCGUGCAAAUCGUCUUGCAACAAUUGCGGGAACAGCUCAAACUCCACGGGACACAAACGGAACGAGAGGAAUGGGAGCAAGGACUAUUGGCACUAAAAACCUGGCAGCGUGCGGCGUUUGCGAAACUCCACGAGUCGGAGCGAGCCUUGCAAACGCAGCAGGAUGAGAACCAAAGACAGCAGCGUCUCCUGGCAUCCCUCCGUCUCGAACGGACCUAUUUGAGUCAAAAAAUCCAAGUCUGUAAGGAUUUUCAAACGCCAAACUUGUUGAAAAUGGCACAAGCCGAAGUGGAACGUACAGUCAACGGCAAAGGCGAGCCGCAACGGGACGCAAUCACAGCCUUUCUACAAGCUGACGUGCACGAUCCGUCGCAAAAGCAAGAAAUCCUGGCCAGACUUCAGCAGGAACUCAAUGUUCGGGGAGGACUCGAGCGAGACGUCAAACUCAAGCAGCAAGAAUUGAAAGAUGUCCAGCUAAACCUGCAAACAAAGACCGCGUUUUUGACGCACUUGCCCGAUCAGUUGGCGGCGGUCGAACGCGUCUCCAAACCGUUGCAAAAGUUCGUCGCCACCUCCAACCUGUUACCAUCUGCCGGGGCUUCCUUGAUUGGGUCAGACCGCCUGCAACGUCUGGAAUUGGCGCGAUCCUUGUCACCUCCGCUGUACACCGUCUUUCAUCAACUCCAGACCCUGCAAGACAAGCAGCAAUCACAACCGCAGGCUCACGGUGCCCCACUUGAUCCUCUGGAAAACGAUCACACAAUGCAGGUACGCGUCACCGCGACCCACGACCAUGACCGACAGGUCCUCUUGCAAUUGAUGGUUCCCGACCUUUCGAGCAGCAGUCGUUUCAGAAAGUGCGUCUUGCAUUUUCACUACUCCGUGGAGCACAAUGUUGUCACGGUUCUACCUACAGGAUGCAACACACUUCUUUUUCAAGAUGUAGUGUUGGACGACCUCUUUCCCGACGAUCGACCCGACGCCCAUCCCGAUCUUUCCGGGAAACCGUACCACUGGUGCAACUAUAUGGCGGGUUUGCACGUAGCUCCUUCGACUCCAACUGAAAUUUCCCACAGUGUUCGCGUCAUUGUACAAGCGUUGCAGCGUCGAUUAAGAGCUAACGCCACGCUGAAGUACAUACUGUCGAGUUUGCAGCGCAAAUCUUUCCCGGUCAUUCCAGGGCUGGCGACGUCCGCCCCGGCUCCGCGUUGCAGUCUUACUUCCUUGGUACUCGACAAGGAAUACUCCACGAGAGGAACUGAUCGGGAUUUCAACGAAAAGCAAUACCUGGUGGUUCUAAGGAAUCGGAACGAACCGCUGGAAAUUCGGGUACGUAUAUCCUGGUCGCGGUAUCCAUCGGUACCACCCGUGUGGUUGCUCUCUCCUGUUCCCACAGAGCCCGGCCAUUUACCUCCCGGUGCAGGGUCUACUACUGCUACUCCUGUUCCACUCUACGACGAUCGUCUCGCUUUGCUUGAACGUCACGUCAACGAGGAUGGCUUGCAAUCUUUACUAGAGACCACCAAGUCAAAUGCAGAGGAAGUCACCGCGAACGAUGCAUCGUAUACGUGGAUUUUGAUGCUGCAAUUGCGUGAAAUAAUGCUGCGGUGGGACACUUGGUGUGACGGUGGUCGACCGGGGGAAAAUGGUAUCGCUUCGGAUGGCGGAAGCGGCAAUCGUGUCCUGCGGGGACGUGACCGCCGGCCCGUGGCGCUGUAA